AUGGCGUCCAAGAUUAUUGUUCUUGGGAGCGUGAACUGCCAAUUGCGUGCAGCAUUCACCAAACUGGCCAAGCUGCAGGUCAAGCAAAACUUCGCAUUCGCAAUUUUAGUCGGCAAUCUCUUCGGCGACUGCUCAACAGAAAGCGAAUUGGACGAAAUCACCGCGCUACUAUCAGGAACGACCAGUGUCCCGCUCCCGACCUACUUCACUCUCGGCGACAAACCCCUUCCAACGAGGAUCGUUGAAAAGAUCGAAGCCAAUGAUGAAGUCUGCCCUAACCUCUACUUCCUGGGGAAGCGUGGGACUCUAAAGACCUCAGAAGGCAUUCGCAUCAGUGCGCUAGGAGGAAAAAUGCAUACCGACGCAGCCUCACAAUCAAAACCAGAGACCAACGCCGCCGGCAAAUUCCAACCCACAUACACCGAGGCCGAUGCGCGCGCUCUAUUUGGAACACAUAGCGCCGACAUUCUCAUCACCAACCAAUGGCCCAAGGGCAUUCGGACCGGAUCAAAGGUCGUCAUCCCAGAAGAUCAGGCCAAAACCCUCACCGAAGUCCCAUGUCUAUCUGAAGUUGCCGCCACCCUGAAACCCCGCUACCACUUUUCCUCCUCCGAUGAAGUCUUCUAUGAACGAGAACCGUUCUUCCACCUCCCAACAGAAGACAGCCCAGACGUCAAGCCAUUGACCCGCUUCAUCUCAAUGGCCCCAUUCGGCUCAAAGCAAAAAUCAAUGUACGCCUUCACGCUCGAUCUAGCCGCCGCACCACCCCUCACAAUCCCCGCCGGCGCAACCGCCUCACCCUUCCGACCCCCACAAACGAAACGAAAAGGUCUCCCCGCCCAACGCGAAUCAUUCAAACGCUUUGCCACAGACGACGACUACCACAACAAUAGCAACCGCCCGCAAAAGCGCCACCAACGCGCCCCUCCCCCAGGCCCAGAUCAAUCUACCUCACAACGGCAAAGGGACCCCUCCCCCCCAAACGACCUAUUCACUGACCUCGGAUUUCCGGGCCAUAUGCUGAUAAUCCCAUUCUCGCACACGCCAACGCUCAACUCGAUUUCGGACCCCGAAUCGCGCGCGGGGACGUACGCGGAAAUGCAGCACUACCGCGCUGCUUUGCAUCAGAUGCUUUCUGAUCGCUCGUCGGGUAAAUUGGGCGCUGUCACUUGGGAAGUUAGUCGUGGCAAUGGAAUUCAUACACACUGGCAAUUCCUCCCCGUGCCGGUUGAUCUUAUCGAUCAGGGACUGGUGGAGGCUGCUUUUAAGGUUGAGGCGGAGAAUUUGAACUAUCCCCGUUUCGAGACCAAGGCCGAGGGCUUAGAUAGUAGUGCUGAGCCGGAGAAAACCCUCAUGUUGGAACUUAAUCCAGAUUUCAGAUUCGAUAUCCAAUUCGGUCGUCGUGUUAUGGCCAAAUUACUUGAAUUGGAUAAGCGAAUGAACUGGAAGGAUGCGACGCAGUCGCAGCCUGAGGAGGAGGCAGAUGCUGAGGCUUUUAAGGAGGCUUUCAAGAAGUAUGAUUUCUCGAUGGAGUGA